CUUCCGCGGUGAGUACCCUGCAGUAUAGAGACACAUUGCUCUUAAGAGGAAGGAUUUCUCCACAGCUCGCCUAAUGAGAAGAAGCUGAAAGACAAAUAAUGAAUCAGAAAGCGUCUUUGCUUUGGUUUGCCCUGUGGUUGUUUCUCUCUUUUGCUCCAGUUUGCCUUCCUGCUCAGAACAACUCAAAAGGCUGGCACGACAGAGACACUCAGAGGCUCUGGAAUGAACGUGGCACCAAAAAGCUCUGUGAUCCCUCCGUCAGCGACCAGACGGCAGGUGCUGUCCCAGAGUGCACCCCUGGCUUCUACAGAGAACAGACAGGACCAAGUAAGGGACGCUGUGUGCCAUGCCGCUGCAACGGACUCUCUGAUUUGUGCGAAGCACAAACAGGGAACUGCAUGAACUGCCGGUUUGACGCCGCGGGGGAUCGGUGUGAGCGGUGCAGGGAGGGCUUCUACGGACACGCAGUCAACAGGACCUGCCGGGCCUGUCCCUCCACACGCAACAAUUUUGCAGUAGCCUGCCUCGACGUCAGCCCGGGAGUUGUUGAAUGUUUGUGUAAAAGAGGCUACAGAGGAGCUCGCUGCGAGAGGUGUGCAUCUGGCUACUAUGGUAAUCCCAUGGUGCUUGGAGACGUCUGCAAACCCUGCAACUGCACAGACAGCAGCUUAAGCGUCUGUGACUCUCUGACUGGAGAGUGCGCCGCGGGGGCCAACAGCAGCGGUGAUGAUCCCUGCCACAAAAGUGACGGCUGCGCUCGCGCUCUGCUGAUGGACUUGGAGAAAGUGGACGGCGGACUGGUUCUGCUGCGUCAGCUGGUGCUGAACAUUACCACCGGCCUGAGCCUGCUGGAGGCCGACGCCUCGCAAACAAAGCUUCAUCGGGUCGAUGGAGACAGCGGCGCUGUGAGGUGGCUGGAGCCAGACGUGGAGCAGCUGGAGGCAGACAUCGAUCUGGUCGGAAAUGACCUGACUCGCCAAGACAGCGAGGUACCAGUGGAGACAUUUGGCGAUCAGAACAGGAACAUGUGCCAAAUGUAG